CAGAGAGGUGGGGCAAAUAUGCUCCUACCGGUUUCGCUUUGCCUUUUCGUUCAACUGCCACAUUUCAAACUAGAAUGGCGACCGCUCUCUGCGGUCUACAGUCCACUGGCAGUAAAUCGGCAAAGACUCACCAAGACCAGCGCAGGAAAGCGAAGGACUCCCGGCGAAGACAGGCUGCUCUGCUGUUUCUCAGUAAUAUCUCACUCGACGGACGACCCCAGUGUCAACCUAGCGAUGGAAAUGUCGACCAGAAAGCCGCUGAGGAGCCCCAACCCAGGGACAGAGACUGCGGUGCCGCUGUUGUGCCCCAGCCGUCGGAUAGUCAAGGACCUGUCGCCCAGGUGACAGACGUCGCCGCAAGCGGUAGUGGCUCAUCCUCCAGUUUCCCAGGGGUGGUCGGUCCGGGUGGACCUUCUUUGGUAAUGUCCGGGCCAGGUGCUGUUGGAGCUAACGAGGUAUUUUUGGAUAAUACCAGUGCGGCCGAGACGCUAACCCCAGACACUCCUCUUUCUCCCGUCCCGACCGGACACCCGCACUGCUCCCGUGUCAAGUCAACGCCCGCCGCGCUCAGUCCCGUCGGUGCCGGUAAUUCUCUGGAUUCACGGCAGAGGCUGAGGAAUGUCUCUGGCUCACCGGGACCCAAAGUGCCAAAGAAAGUCCACUUCAUCAAGAGUAUGAGGCAGUACGAUACCCGAGGAUCCAGGAUCAUGCUGAUUUGUGCCAAGCGGUCGCUUUACGCUGCUUUCUCAGUGCUGCCCUAUGGAGAGAGUUCAAAUAUCAGUGACCCUAAGCUGGAGGCUCAGAGGCAAAGACUCUCCUCGGUGGUGGCUGCUGAUCUGCUUCCUUCUCUGGAAGGUGUGGAGAUGGGUGCCUGUGGAAAGACGGUGUCCUACGCUCAGUUUCUUUAUCCAACCAAUGCCUUGGUGAGACAAAAGAGCGGUGGCAGCAGCAGCGGUGGUCCACCAGAUAACUGCACAGCCCAGACCCCUCAGUCACGUUUCCGAGGCAACGGGCAGAAGAGCUUCACCCCUGCUCGUCUGAACAACAGCGCGGCACAGGACCCAUAUGUGGAGGAGGUGGCGGAAUAUGACCCCAACCUGCUCAGUGACCCUCAGUGGCCCUGCGGGAGACACAAGCGGGUUCUCAUAUUUGCAUCAUACGUGACGACGGUCAUUGAAUACGUGAAACCAUCUGACCUGAAGAAGGACAUGAAUGAGACUUUCAAGGAGAAGUUUCCCCACAUUAAACUGACACUGAGCAAGAUAAGAAGCCUGAAGAGAGAGAUGAGGGCCGUGAGCGAGGAGUGCGGCCUCCAGCCGGUGACCAUAGCAAUGGCUUUUGUUUACUUUGAGAAGCUGGUGCUGCAGGGACGCCUCAACAAGCAGAACAGGAAGCUGGUGGCGGCGGCGUGCGUGCUGCUGGCUGCAAAGAUCAGCAGCGAUCUGAGAAAGCCAGAAGUUAAACAGCUGAUUGAUAAGCUGGAGGAGCGUUUCCGCAUAAACAGACGCGAACUGAUUCCUCUGGAGUUCCCGGUACUGGUUGCCCUGGAGAUGGGACUAUAUCUCCCCGAGAGCAAGGUCAUGCCACACUACCGAAGGCUGGUACAGCAAGGUUAGACCAGACGUGGCGGAGUAGGACGUGCACAUGUGUGGCGUGUCGACCAGUUUAUAAGCUGUGGUGUUUGAAAUAAAUACUUGUGGUACUAUUUAUUGUUGCUGUACAUUAACUAGGUUACACUCAGACUUGAUGGCAUGUGUUUCUCUCCCUGAAUGUCUUUUUGUAGGUGUGACAUUCUCAUGUUGAUCCAGUCAUGAGCUCUAUGUUAGAGAUGUUCACUGAGCACAUUAAUGGUGCUUUUAUUUUGGUUUCUUGUGGGUUUUUAGGAUGCCACCCUGUUUUAACGUCUUUGUAAAGGUACGGUGUGUGUGUGUGUGUGUGUGUGUGUGUGAAAAAGAAAAAAAACUCAUGUGCACCUUUCUUGUUACUAUACAGCCUGUAUAGUAAUUAUUGUAAAAGACAUAUUGCUGAUUUCUUUUUUCUUUUUUAAAUGCCUUGUAAACCCACUGUGACGCUGAAGCAUUUUUAGCAAUGAGCCUGAAACAUGACACUGUAGAUCGUAAGUGGGAAACAUCUUUUCGGGGAGAAGUGGCCUUUAAUUUGUUUACGUCCAUUCGAUAUUUGUACUAUGUCUCACAAUUAUCCAGCCAAACUCUCGUAUUUACCGCGAAUAGUAAGAAAACAUCAGACUCCUGUGGCAGCUCUGUGUUCUGACUUUGGUGUUGGUCGUGCUUGUAUCCAGUAUUUCCACUGUGCUGUGGUGUCACAUGCAGAGAAACAGGAUGAUGGAAGUUUCUUAUUUAUAGUAAACAUUUUUUUUCCCUUUUGUUGUUUUUGUUUCGUGUCAUUACCCAGGGAUAUGUUUUGUAAAAUGCACUGGUUAGUUAUCUUUUAAUUCUCAGGAAUUCUUACUUUUUCUUUUCUUUUUUGGUGCAGUCACACUAUGGAAAAAGGGUUGGAACAAACUAUGUAAAAUGACCUUGAGAACGUUGCGUCAAAGACAUUUUUCAGGCUUGCAGUCACUGUUUCAGUAUUCAAAGAAACUUUGAGUUGCAAGCAGUCUGUUAGCAAAUGAAUGAUGUUAAUUAUAUGCAAUCAGUUUGUGAUAAUGUGGGAAUUAACUAUCUGUUGGAUCUACACAAAAAUUCACAUGAACUGUUUUUAUUUAGAGUCCAACCAGGAUCGCGUAGA